AACCCUUUGAUUUGAAGUUCUGAGCACAUACAAAUGUCGGGUUGUUGCGUGAAUGGAUGCCAGAAUCGCUUCUCUUCAAGCAGUGGGCUGAAACUAUACAGAAUUCCGAAGGGAGCACAUCCAUUUCAACAGAAUCGGAGGCGUCUGUGGCUGCAGGCCAUCAACAGGGUUGAUGAAAACUGGACAGAAAACACGAUCCGAAAUGCUCGAAUUUGUAGCGCCCAUUUUAUAUCAGGCGAGGUGUCAAUGGACUCCUCGAGUCCUGAUUUUGUGCCUUCUGUGUUUACGCACACAAAGCGAAGUCCAAACCCCCAUGCAAAGAUGGACAGGUAUCAACGGAAAAGGAGAAGGGAUGAAACGUCUUGCAUGCCAUCAAAUCAGCUGGAUGCUGCAGAGAACACAGAUCAGCAACCAUCAUUGGCUCACCAUGCCGCUAACGAGGACCUCCCUGUUCCAAGGAGUGAAAAUGAUGGCCUACAACAAAGAUGUGCUGGGCUUCAUAAAAACCAUGUCGACCUGCAGCUGGAGUUUGAAAAACUUAAGGCAGAAAAUUCUCUUAGGAGCUCAUCAUCACCAGGAAAGCUGUAUAAGCAUUGGAUUGACGGGACCGAAGGAAGCAGCGCGUCGUACGUGGAGCUGCCUGCUGAAAUCGCCAUGAGUUACAAACCUAUUGCGCCUGCUCCAUCUGGCUCCAACCACACUCCGCCAGGCUCUUCAGUGCCCUCUCCAUCCCUCCCAUCAUCAUCCAACUUUAGGCCAGCUUUCAGUGACUUUGGUCCACCGUCUAUGGGCUUUGUUCAGCCGGUCAAAGUGUCCCAGGGGUCCACCUACAGUGAACUUCUGUCUGUCAUCGAGGAGAUGAGUCGUGAGAUCAGGCCUACGUAUGCUGGCAGCAAGAGUGCAAUGGAGAGGCUAAAGAGAGGUAUAAUCCACGCCCGUGCUCUGGUCAGGGAGUGUCUUGCAGAAACAGAGAGAAGCGCUCGAACAUAACCCUUCCUGAAUAAACAUCCCUUCACCGGACACUCUCCUCUUUUAGCAGCUCCUCAUCAUCCUUCUUAUUGGAUACUUUUUCAGCCAGCCUUCAUCCUUCCACCUCGUGCUUUUCUAGGAGCGCCACGUUACUGCAUUUCACCAAGUUCAUUAUAAUUUUUGCAACAUUUAGAUUUUGCGAAACAAAAUUUUGUACUUGUUCUGUGUAGAACUCACGUAAAAUGAGCAGCAGUGAGUGUUUGUGUAAUGAUGACGGGUGACUAAGAACGUCAGCUUUAUGACUCCUGUCCCUUUGUUUUUAUUUUUUUGUGUAAGCUCACAUUAAUUUCUCUCAUUCCCGAAAAACCUAUUUGCAUCUCAAGUCAGUUUGUUAAAGACAUUUUGUAAAACCAAUUUUUGCAGUUCAGUAUGUAUAUCUUAAUUAAAUAAGAAGAAAAUAA